AUGGGUAGCCAGAAGCGCAUAGCUAAGGUAGGUCACUGGGAUCAAGUCGCCUCGAAUUCUCUAGUGUUCUACUUGCUUGCUAACGAGGUUAAUGUGCUGCAGGAGCUUGCCGAGCUGAUAGACAGUCCUCCCGCCGGCAUCACCGUCGAGCUGGCGGAUGAGUCGAACCUGUACGAAUGGAAAGUCUACAUGGAGGGGCCAGAAGGCUCGCCGUACCACAAAGGCAAAUUCCAAGUCAAGCUCGUCCUUCCCACCGAGUAUCCCUUCAAACCGCCGACAGUGUCGUUCGCGACGAAGAUCUACCAUCCGAAUGUCACCAAUGACGACAAGGGGAGUAUGUGUCUAGGCAUGCUACGGCCCGACGAAUGGAAACCCAGCUCGCGGAUCUCGGCUGUGCUGGAGUUCGCACGGCAGUUGCUCAAAGAGCCCAUGCCGGACGAUGCGGUUGAAGGACGGAUCGCGGAGCAGUAUAAGAAUGAUCCCAAACGGUACGAGGAGAUUGCCCGGGAGUGGACGAGGAAGUAUGCAUCGGAGUAA